AUGUCUCGAGCAUCGAAAAGACCGAAGCUCGAAUCGCAUACGCGUUCGACUCGACAGAAGACUGAAGAUCACCAAGCUCUUCUCUCCGGUCAGUUUAUGACCUCGACAAUUGAUAACGAACCAAAUGACGUCCCAUGUCCGUCGCCCAUACCCAAUCCAAAUGAUCCAUUGACAUCACAAGGCUUACCUAUUGUCAGUGAUACAGCACAAGGUGAAACAGAACGUCACACUGAAUUCAAUGGGCGAUUUGUUAGUCUUGUUUCACUUUUACGCGUGAUUAACACAGUCUAUCGAUCGAAUUUAACUUCACCAAAAUGGAAGAACUUCCGCGGCUCACGUAUCGAAUGUCAAGAUAAGAUACGUUUAAACAAUGUUAUUUGGAGAACAUGGCAUCAGCAAUAUAUACGACGAAUAAAAUCACUUGUUUGCCAAUUCGUCUCGCCACUUGACAUUCAAACAUUUCCAACACAAGUCAAUCAACAAGCUAAACAACAAGUGCUUAACAACUUGAAAGGCGAAUAUAUCAAAUGGCGACAAAGUUCCAAAGCUACUCUACGUCGAUUAGAAAUCGAUAUAUCAAGCAAUGAAAUAAAACAGCUUUUGGGUAAUGUCAGUGAAACUUACACACCAAAAGUUUCGUCAAAUUUCCGUCGUAUCGCCACUCCACCACCUGAUCCAUUCAGCCUGUUCGAUGACUUCGAGCUAAUCGAGGAUCAAUUACUCUUUUCCACAACGAACUCAUUUAAUGACAAAGAUGCCGCAUUGGGUGGAAAUCCAGAUUUACAUCAACCAAUCAUGGGACAAUAUUAUUUCGAUAUCAAUACCUUCUUUGACGGACUUGAUGCAACAUUGACAAAUGAUGAAUUCAAUCUGCGAUGUAAUAAUGAUUCGUUGUCAACAUUGCCUUCGUAUCAAAAUCAGACAGACCUUACAUUGGAUAUACCAUCACAGCCACAACAAGAUUUGAGUAAUUUUCAGACAUUAGUCUCAGUAGCUACAGAACGUCCACGUUUAACAAUUCAACAGCAAAAGAAUAUUUUAAAUCAGAAUAAUAAUUCAAAUAACAACGUGCAACUAAAUAAUCUGAAUUCAAUGGCAAUGUAUAAUAAUUUACAAUAUCAACCAGUAUUAUCUCGACCAAUGUAUAAUCCAUACGCUGUGAACAACGCUACUAAUAAUCCAACGAAUUCAAAUAGUCUUGAACAUUUGACUCCAAUUACAAAUAUUUCUACAGUUCCAGCAAUCAAUGCAAUAAUGACGACUCCGCAAUCCUCGUUAAUGUACACAAACAAUAAUGCAAGACAAACGCAACAAAUUGAUUUACCAAUUAGUAAACCACCCUCGUCAACGUUGGUCGAUCUUCUUAAACAAAGACGAAGUCCCCCUCCGCCAGUAUCAAUGACAGUAACAAACAGUUCAUCUGUAACAUCAACACGCCAAAGAAAACAGAAUUCGGCUGCUAAAACACCAAAAAAGUCGUCCAAAAAGGCACAAGUACCAACCAAACAAAUACCUGUGAACAAUACUCUAUUAAAUUCUAUACCGAAUCUUGGCGAGCCAAAUGAAUCGGUAUUGAGCACGUCUAUAGCGCAGCGAAAUAGACUACAACGUACUGUUUCUCGAUCAACAUCGGAGGAAAUACCAUUACCUACUCCACAUCAACCUUUUCAUAUCUCAGCACCACCAUCGGCACAAAUAAAACACAGUGCUUCUACUUCCAAUGAUUUAGUAUUCUUAAAUGGAAAUGCGACACUCGAUUCUUCACCCUCGUCUACAUCAAGUUCUGGACAAAAUGCUGAAAGUAAACGUCGUCGAAAUAUCAAGAACGGUUUCGAGAGUCUUCGUUCACUUAUCCCAGAACUGAACGAUCCAACAAAUGCAAAGAUAAGUAAAGCUCAAAUGCUUGAAUGCACUGCUACACACAUUCAAGAAGCAACAAAACUUCGCGACAAAAUGAAGAGCGAAGUUGAUCUGUUAAAACAAGAAAAGGAGCAAUUACAACAAAGAAUCUCUCAAUAUCAAGCAAGUUUACCUGUUGAUGGUAUACCUAUAGUACCAGCUAGACGUUCUCGCGAAGCUUCCUAUGCAUUAUUUCACUCAUAUGUUGCUGAGCGAGCACGAAAGAAUUGGCGAUUUUAUCCAUAUUCAUUGAUAUUGAAACGCAUUUUCGAUGGAUUUCAAACGACAGUGACAUGUGAUUCAUCGGAUGAAUUCAUGCGUUCGUUAAACGAAUGGAAAACAAAUUCACUUAACCUCGUACAAUUACGACAAGCUGCUUCGCAAGCUGUCAUAGAUAUGGGACGAGAAACAUCAUUGAUUUCAUCACCUGAUCGAGUGCCUGAAGAAUGUAUUCGUUUAGCAUCGAAAGAAAUCCAGUAG